AUGCUCCAGUACCUGUUUUUUUCCUUCUCUGUUUAUGUCCAGUUACAGCCAAUAUCUUCAAUGGCCCUGGACCCUUGCUCUGCCUACAUCAGCCUGAAUGAGCCAUGGAGGAACACCGAUCACCAGAUCAAUGGUUCCCGGGAUCGGCCCACCUGUGAUAGUCAGAUUGAUGGGGAGUGGUAUCGCUUCACUGGCAUGGCUGGUGAUGCCAUGCCUACCUUCUGCAUCCCAGAGAACUACUGUGGUACUCACGCCCCCAUCUGGCUAAAUGGCAGCCAUCCUAGGGAGUCGGAUGGCAUUGUCCAAAGGCAAGCCUGUGCCAGUUUCAGUGGGAACUGCUGCCUUUGGAAUAAUACAGUUGAUGUCAAGGCGUGUCCAGGCGGGUACUAUGUCUACCGUUUAAUCAAGCCAAGCGUCUGCUUCCAUGCAUAUUGUGGGCAUUUCUAUGACAUCUGUGAUGUGGUGGAUUGCCAGGGCUCGUGCCUGGACACUGGAGACUGCAUGUGUUCUUUGGGGACAACACUAGGACCUGAUGGACAGACCUGUCUUGACGAGAAUGAAUGUGAACAAGACAACGGAGGCUGCAGUGAGUUUUGUGUGAACCUAAAAAAUUCUUACCGCUGUGAGUGUGGAAUUGGGCGCGUGCUGGGAAAUGAUGGCAAAACAUGUGAAGAAAUUGAAGGAUGUCAUAAUAAUAAUGGAGGCUGCAGCCACACCUGUAUUGCAGUGGAGGACACCUAUCAGUGCGAGUGCCCACGGGGACUUGUUCUGUCGGAGGACAACCACACCUGCCAAGUUCCUGUGCUGUGCAAGUCCAGCUCCAUUGAGGUGAGCAUCCCCAAGGAUUUUGUUGGAGGACUGGAUCUUUCCCUCAUCAAUGCUUCCUGCAAAGGAGUAUCCAAUGGUACUCAUGUCAACAUCAACUUCUCCUUAAAGUCCUGUGGCACUGUUGUAGAUGUGGUAAAUGAUAAAAUCAUUGCUACCAAUCUGGUGACUGGCUUGCCAAAGCAGAUGCCUGGCAGUAAUGGGGACAUCAUCAUCCGCACCAGCAAGCUGCUGAUUCCUGUGACCUGUGAGUUUCCCCGCCGGUACACCAUCUCUGAGGGCUAUGUCCCCAAUCUCAAGAAUUCCCCACUGGAAAUCAUGAGCCGCAACCGGGGCAUCUUUCCCUUCACCCUUGAGAUCUUCAAAAACAAAGACUUUGAUGAGCCCUACAGGGAUGCUCUCCCUACCCUGAAGCUUCGAGAUUCACUGUAUUUUGGGAUUGAACCCUUAGUACAUGUGAAUGGACUGGAAAUGCUGGUAGAGAGCUGCUUUGCUACUCCUACAUCAAAAAUUGAUGAGAUCUUGAAGUACUACUUAAUUCAAGAUGGCUGUGUUUCUGAUGACUCCGUGAAACAGUACACGUCGAAGGAUCAUCUUGCCAAGCACUUCCAGGUCCCUGUGUUUAAGUUUGUGGGUAAAGACAAUAAGGAAGUGUUCUUACAUUGCCGCAUCCUUGUGUGUGGCGUGCUGGACGAGAGCUCUCGCUGUGCCCAGGGCUGUCGGAGAAGAAUGCGCAGGUCAGCGGAGGGGGAGGACAAGGAGGAAGGCAGUCGCAUAACAAACCGUAUUCUGAUGGGUGGCCCUAUUAGAAUCAUCAUGGAUGAGUAGCAAGACCCCAACUCUACCAUGCAACAGCCAAGAAUCUGCCCUCCUUAAUGAUGUCUUCCAUUAUGGGCCUUUGUGAAAUAAGGAUUUGGUGAAGACCCGUAUGAGCCUAUGAUCUUGUUCCAUAACAGCCUGACAGUUAGUUGGUGAACUAAUAUUAGAUUUGGAGGCACCCUCUCCAAAUGCAGUCUGAACUGCAAAAUAGUAUAGCUAUACUGUACAUGCAUUUCUAUCAACUGAUGGCCUCUGUUGAUCUAUAGGCUUAAGUGUUACCUGCCUUUAUUUUUUUUAUGUCUGUUUGCAAGCACCAUAUUAUUGUUAGUAGUUUUUAAAUGCAUGGUGUUAAUGUCCUUUUUAUUUUUCAGAAGACAAUAAACAGUGUCAGAAAUUCAGCACACUUGCUAUACCAGUGUAUGCAGUGAGUAGAUGAAGUGUGUAUAGCAUUAAGUUUUUGAAGGCCGAUUAUAUUAAAUAUGUAUCUAAUAAAAUAUGGACUGGAAAAUAAUAUUAAAUAUAGGCAGUGAAAGUUCAGAACUGUUUCAGUCAAGUUUGAAUAGUAUUUUAAAAUAUUAAGAGGUAUUUAAUAAAAGUUAGCUUUAUAUUUUUC